GCAGCAGCCGCACAUCCGUGCACGCCUGACCGCCGGACUACUUCCUGGAUGAAAGAAUGGGACAUUUCCAGCUCCACUUUUUUCUGCUUCAACCUCCGUCUCGCUGACGCGGCGGAUAAUUACUUAAUAAUGACCAGCGUAAAUCAAUAAUAUUCGAUCACUUUUUUUUUCUCCCCCUGUAGUUAAUGACAGCGAUUGAUUUGCCGAUUGACCCCUUCUUCUUCCACUUCGGGAAUGUCGCUAUCUGGAAGCCCGCUGCAGACACGAAGGAGUCCGACAGCAGAUUUUGAACUGUUUUUUUUUCGCAGCAGCCCCCCCGUGUGCUUCACGCGUUAUUCCUGGAAGCUAAAAACGCAGCCUCUUGCUCGGACUGGAGGCAACUAAAUUUGUCUUUUUUGAAAGCAUAGUGACUGUAUCCUGUGACCGCCUAAGCAUUACUUUGAUGCUCUGCCUUCGUUGGUCGCGGUGCCAACUUCAACCUCAGCUUCGGUCGCGACGUGCAUGUGAUUCUUUUUCGAGAAAGAAGAACAAAAACGACACACAGAAACUUAAUCACCCCUUUGCCUUUUUUUUUUGUUUGUUUUUGUUGUUGCUCUCGAUGAGUAGUCUAACAUGCGGAAAAUACGGGAACCGAGUUACUGGUGGAUUUUACCCUUAAUGUUUUUAACCUUUCCUAAACACAAAGCCUGUCAACCUGUUGCAUUGGGUGACCAACCUCUACUCACUGGAGGCAGCCAACCUGGAAACACAGGUGUAAUGAGGGAGAGGAGGACAGCUGGUGACCCCUACUGGUCCUAUUCAGGGAGCCAUGGGCCUCGAGGCUGGGCUGCCUUAUACCCAGAGUGUGCUGCAAAGAACCAGUCUCCUGUGGAUAUUUUGGAUGAACAAGCAUUGGUUUCGGAGGAGUACCAGGAGCUAGUGCUCGACAAAUUCAACAUUGAGUCCUCCAACCAGACCACCAUGAAAAACACUGGAAAAACAGUGGCUGUGCUCCUGAAGGAUGACUACUUUGUGAGAGGUGCCGGAUUGCCAGGACGCUUUAAGGCUGAGAAGAUGGAGUUUCACUGGGGCCACAGUAAUGGAUCAGCAGGCUCAGAACACAGCAUAAAUGGCAGAAGGUUCCCUGUAGAGAUGCAGAUCUACCUUUACAAUUCAGAUGACUUUGACAGCCUGAGCGCCGCUAUCAAGGAAAGACGCAUCAUUGCUGCCAUGGCUGUCUUCUUCGAGCUUGGGCAAAAAGACAACCCAGCUGUGGAACCAAUCAUUCAGGGAUUGAAAGGAGUAGUUCAUCAUGAAAAGGAGACGAACCUCAGGUCGUUCAUCUUGAGGGACCUGCUGCCAUCGUCAGUGGACAGUUAUUACCGAUACACCGGCUCUUUGACCACGCCGCCCUGCAGCAAGGUGGUGGAGUGGAUCAUCUUCUCCAGGCCUGUGUAUCUGUCCCACUCACAGCUGGAUGCUUUUUACUCCAUCUUCACAACGGAGCAACAGGACCAUGUCAAGUCUGUAGAGUACCUGAGGAACAACUUCAGACCGCUGCAGGACCUGGGAAGUAGGGAAGUUUUUAAGUCGGCUGUAAAAGAUGCAUGGCAGAAGGAUUUGACUGAAACCCUGGGAAGCCCUCAUGGCACCGAAGCUUCAAGAGUGUGCAGCAGUGCCCCAGUGAGCAUGAAGAUCCAACCACUGAACCAGACGGCAUUGAUGGUGAGCUGGGAGCGGCCUCUGACAAUCUACCACCCCCCCAUCACCGGUUACAUGGUGUCUUACAGCUGGGUGAAACGUGAUGUCGCUGAUGAAAAGACUUUCUCUAAGACUGGGGACCAGAGAAUGAAAGCAGUCAUUACGAAUGUGUCUCCUGACGUCCUGUACCUGUUCAGAGUGCAGGCGGUGUGUCAGCGUGACCUGCGCAGUGACUUCAGCCAGACACUGUUGUUCAGAGCAAAUACAACAAGAAUCUUUGAAGGGUCUCGCAUCGUGAAGACUGGGAUGCCCACAAUUUCUCCAGCUUCCUCAGCAGACAUGGCUCCCAUCAGCUCUGGUUCCUCCACUUGGACAUCUUCCGGUAUCCACUUCUCCCUCGUCUCCAUGGCAACCGGAAUGGGCCCCUCCUCUAGUGGCAGUCAGGCCACAGUGGCAUCAGUGGUCACGAACACUUUGCUCGCAGGCCUGGGCGUUGGCGGAGGGGUCAUAUCGUCUUUGCCGAGUUCUGUUUGGCCCACGCAAGCACCUCAAGCCACCCCUCGGAACCCGACGCAUCCAUCCACCACUCCCGCCAAGUCGGGCACGGAGCAGACGGCACCUCAAGGUGCCGAGACAGAGAAGAAGACCGAGGAGGAAAAGGCUGCUGAGGAGGAGGAAGAGAAAGGUGAUAGAGAGGGGGAGCAGGAGGAGGAAGAGGAUGAAAAGAAGAAAAAGAGCAAGAAUUCACCUAAUAAUGAGGAGAAACAAACUAACAGCACUGUGGCGGCGGCUAAAGAGCCUUUAAUCCCUACCCCCGCAUCCACAGCCAAAGAGAAAGGAGAAGGCAAACCGACAGUUAAAGGCACCACAGUCCCUGCAAAUAGUGAUGAGGAACAGUUGCCCGAGAUUGAAGUAGAUCCAGUCUCCACUCAGGAGCCCCGUAAUGACAGUGCCGAGAUGCAGAUCCCUCAGAGCUCGACACUAUCUACAAAGAUUGAUGGUGAUGGAGCGCCUGUAUUGCCCUUCUCCGUCCACACUGACCCAACCAGCUUGUCCAACGUAACGCGGUCUCCUCAACCGGGAAUAGGUCGCAUGGUGUGGAUUGUCCCCUUGGUGGUGGUGUCUGCUCUCACUCUGCUCUGUCUCAUCAUGCUGCUGAUCGUCAUGGUCUACUGGAGAAUGACAAGCAUCUGCUCCCUCCUCUGCAGCAAGUACAGGAGGUUUUUCCAGACAGCUCAUUUCUAUGUGGAUGAAAGCAGCUCCCCACGGGUGGUGGCCAAUGAGAACAUCCCAAUCAUCCCCAUACCAGAUGACAUGGAGGCCAUCCCUGUGAAGCACUUUGUUAAGCACGUCAUGGAGCUCUACAAAAAUAACAUGCAAGGUUUCGCUGAGGAAUUCGAGGAGGUCCAGCGCUCCACAGUCGACUUGAAAAUCACAGCAGAACAUUCCAAUCAUCUUGACAACAAGCACAAAAACAGAUACAUCAACAUUGUGGCCUAUGACCACAGCAGGGUGAAAUUGCGUGCUCUGGCGGGGAAAGAUGCCAAACAUUCAGAUUACAUCAACGCCAACUAUGUGGAUGGCUACAACCAACCCAGAGCUUAUAUUGCUGCUCAGGGUCCUCUCAAGUCUACGUUUGAGGACUUUUGGAGAAUGGUCUGGGAGCAGAACACUGGAAUUAUUGUCAUGAUUACAAACUUGGUGGAAAAAGGCAGGAGGAAAUGUGACCAGUACUGGCCUAUGGAGAACAGCGAGCAGUACGGAAACAUCGUGGUGACGUUGAAAAGCACCAAAGUGCACGCCUGUUACACGCUGCGCCACUUUCUUAUCAGGAACACAAAAGUCAAAAAGGGUCAGAAGGGGAAUCCGAAAGGGAGGCUGAAUGAACGCGUUGUGAUCCAGUUUCACUACACCCAGUGGCCUGACAUGGGAGUACCAGAGUACACGCUUCCUGUCCUCACCUUCAUCUACCGCUCCUCGGCGGCCCGUACAGCGGACAUGGGUCCUGUUCUGGUACACUGCAGUGCAGGGGUUGGGCGCACAGGAACCUACAUUGUCAUUGACAGCAUGCUGCGACAGAUCAAGGACAAAAGCACAGUCAGCGUCCUGGAUUUUCUGAAACACAUACGCACACAGCGCAACUACCUAGUCCAGACUGAGGAGCAGUAUAUUUUCAUCCACGACGCUCUGAUGGAAGCCAUCCUCGGCAAAGAGACAGAGGUGCCGGCCUGGCAGCUGCACAGCUACGUCAACAGCAUCCUUACGCCCAACUCGGCCGGCCGCACGCCGCUGGAGAAGCAGUUCAGGCUGCUGACUCAGUGUAACACCCGCUUUGCGGAGUGCUUCAGUGCCCAUAAAGACUCCAACAAGGAGAAGAACCGCAAUUCCUCUGUCGUUCCCUCGGAGAGAGCGAGGGUCGGACUCACUACUCUGCCUGGCAUGAAAGGAACAGAUUACAUUAAUGCAUCCUACAUAAUGGGCUACUACAGGAGUAAUGAGUUCAUCAUAACUCAGCAUCCUUUGCCGCACACCACCACAGACUUCUGGAGGAUGAUUUGGGACCACAACGCGCAGAUUAUUGUCAUGUUACCUGACAACCAGGGUCUGGCUGAAGAUGAAUUUGUUUACUGGCCGAGUCGUGAAGAGGCCAUGAAUUGCAUCGCCUUCACUGUUACUCUCAUCAAUAAGGACAGACUGUGCCUCUCCAAUGAGGAGCAGAUCAUCAUCCACGACUUCAUCUUGGAGGCCACACAGGAUGACUAUGUUCUGGAGGUGAGACACUUUCAGUGCCCCAAGUGGCCAAACCCAGACGCCCCUCUCAGCAGCACCUUCGAGCUCAUCAGUGUCAUCAAGGAGGAAGCCAUGACCCGAGAUGGCCCCACCAUCGUGCACGAUGAGUACGGAGCGGUGUCAGCGGGGAUGCUCUGUGCCCUCACCACACUGUCCCAGCAGCUGGAGAAUGAAGGAGUCGUGGACAUCUAUCAGGUGGCCAAGAUGAUUAAUCUCAUGAGGCCGGGAGUCUUCACUGAAAUAGAGCAGUACCAGUACCUUUACAAAGCCAUGCUCAGCCUGGUCAGCAACAGAGAGUGCAGCCUGAGCCCCAUGCACAUGGACACUAAUGGGGUGGUGGUCAUUGCAGAUGAGUCGGACCCAGCGGAGAGCAUGGAAUCGCUCGUCUGAGGACAUUCUUGCAGCCACUCAAUUUGUAGGAAAAAAGAAAAUAGAAAAAAAAGAAAAAAAAAAUCCAAGAACUUUUCUGAGGCCUUUUUUGCCAGACUAUUGAUUAAACAAAUAACCUUAUUACUUUUUAUACUGAUAAAAGUUUUUUGAUAUUUAUGUUUUUGUCCUUUAUUUCUUGUCUUAAAUGUUCUCCUGCUGAGCGUUUGCACCUGUUUUAAGUUGACAUGAGGAAAAAGCAGCUCUGUCCAGUUUGCACUAUAUUAUCAGUGUUACUGCCUAAAACCCAGUGAGAGUGAAACUUUUCCACAGUUUAAUUCUGGCGUCACAGCAAAAACCGGUAUCCUGGACUGCAUCGAGGCAAAGCUGAAGCAUGAAGACCAGGAUGAGCAUCCACCACCAAACAAAUCUCAAAACAAAACACUUCAUCACAUCAUACCAUAGCCCAGCAUGUAUUUUGUCACUUUGUCACAUCAAUAAAACUGUUUUAAGGCUCCACUCCACAUGAGCGAAGCUUUUUAUCACAAACAAAGAGACUCAUAGCUGCCUAUACAUCAAUGUCCCAGUAUCUCACUACUGUCUUGUAAAAUGUACUUAUGGCUUAUUUUGUUAAACUGUGUUAAACAUCUAAUGUGAACAUUUACCUAUUUUUACAGAUAUUUAUAUUGCUUUAUAUAUAUAUAUAUAUAUUUUCCCUGUACUUUUUGCCUUUUUUUUUUUUUUUUUUUUGUCCACUGGCCUUGCUGUGGAUUCAUAGUUUUGAAGAUUCUGUAGAUUUUCAUGUAUAGUCGAUAAACCUCUGGGUUUUUUUUUUUUUUUUUUUCAGCUUUCGUUGUUGCUUUUCUAACCUCAGCAGUCACAGCUUAGCCGUUAACACAUGUAUCUGUACCGACACAAUGCAAUGCCUACAAAAAAAGGAAAAAAAAAAAAAAGAAAAAACAAAAGGAUUCACUCUACACAAAGUUUUUCAUGUUUUAUUUUCCAGCGGAUUUUUUUGUCACAGUCUUAGUAAUUUGGAUUUACUUUCGACACUGAUCAACAUGAAACUUUUUUUUAAUGUCAAGGUGAAAAACUUUAAAUACGCAUUCCUGAAAUCAGGACAAAACCCUUCAUUCCCUUCCAGCCCAUUGAAAGCAGAGAUGACAUGACUUUUUUAAUGUUAUUCAUUUAUUUUUUGGCUUCUUAAUACAUAUUUUUUCACGUUUCUGUGAAAUACUGCCAAACUGAUGAGAGUGACCUUCGCAGCAGUGCUCACCAGAAGGUGAAGAUGCUCUUCAAUCCCUACAAUAUCUUCCUAUAUUUCCCUCUUUGUAAACAUUAAAAUUAGGCAUUUGUUUUAACGAGAUCAUUAAAUAUCGAGAGGUGAAUUAUUGGCCUUCUUGUACAUGUGAUGACUUGGAUCUCUUGUUUGCAAUCAAAUUUGGUUCAGUUAUAAUUAUAUUUUCUCACUACUACUACUGUCAUUUAGCAGAUGCCUUUAUCCAAAGCGACUUACAUCUGAGACGCACCAUGGAGCACUAGACUACCACCCACCUUGACAUUAGUCUGCUGAUCAGUGUCAAGAGAAAACUUUUUUUUCUUUUUUAAUUCUGUAAAUAAAUAAAACAUGAAAAAAUCUGAAAGAAGUGAAAACUUUCUAUAAACACUGUAGUUUCUUUUUGGUGGGUUGAUGCUUUAUUUGUAACCAAAGAUGUGGUUCCAGUUUGCAACAUGUAAGUGAUUUUGUCCUGAGAUCUAUUUAAUCAAUAAGAAUUUAAAGUCAAAAUUGUUAAAAGCGUGCAGUACAGAUUUCCAGUGUCAAAAGUGUGAAUUUAACCAGAGUUAAGCAUGUUUCUGUUUGAGCCUCAGGAACUCACCUUCCCGAUAAUCUGACUUUGUGAUGCUUUCCUCAUAUUAGAAAAUAAGGUUUCAAAUUCAGAAUGUAAAUUGUACUUUCUUUGGGCCAAUAUUCCUUCUACGCGUUAUUUUGUGACUAUAAUUAUAAUCCCUUUUAAACCCUGA